AUGGGAUUUCGUGCUCCUCCAUCGAUGGCCGAUGCGAAGCUGCGAAGCUUUCACUUCAAACACUUACAAGAAACCUCCUACGAACUUUUCCAAAAUAGAACCAUGAUCAUCCUUUUGGUCUAUGGCAGGUCAUCCUCCGACGAGAGCGAUUCCGAUUGGUCUGUGCAAAGCUUGCGUAAAGCCGCUGAGCUCUUUUUUCGACAAGCUAGAAGUAUGAUGGUGAGCGAGAUGGCCGCAAAGCAAUUGGAAAUGAGGAGGAGCGACUGGGCGUACUCGAAGCCCAUCGUGAUUUUGUAUGUCAUUUGGAAUUUCACUUUCGUGGUCAUGGUGGUGACGGUGAUGGCGCGGCAACAGCCGCAGCGACCAAACUGCUACUUUAAUCUAGAGAAUGAAGGGAUUGAGAGUGACAGUUAUAAGAAUUUGAGUACGGCAGCCAGAGAGGACUCGGAGAAACUAGACGAGGAUGACGAGAAGAGCAGCAAGGUAGCAAAGCAUCUAGAAUAUGCAAAUACAGUGUUUUCGUUGAUAUGGUGGUUCAUUGGAUUGUACUUGAUAAGAUCAUCGAACGGUCAAGCCUUAGAGCAAAAAUCCCCUGAACUAUACUGGGUUUGCAUAGUUUUCCUUGGUUUUGAUGUGUUCUUUGUUGUACUGGCAUGUGUCAUUCUGAUUGCUGUUUGCUGCUGUCUUCCAUGUAUUAUUGGAUUUUCGUCUUUGGUGGAAGACAAAGUUUUUGAAGUUGAUCUGCUUUCUAGAAAGGUUGAUCGAGGCCUGUGUGAUACCACAGUGUCCUUAACACGUUUUACGCCCAUCGGUGCAGGAGUUUUGUAG